GGAUGACAAGAAUUCAAAAGCUUAAACAGUCACCGUUCAAGGGGAUGUUUAAAUUGCAGUAAAGGGAGCAAAAUGAUUCUUUCCACAUACCCGAGUGAGGCUUCAGCAGACUGUCGGUCACUGCACCCGCACAUCAUUGACAAUUUGGAUUAAUGUGAUCACAAGUGCCCAUUCACCCAAGAUUACAAGGCACAAUGUGACAAACGGAUCCAUUCCAAUCUGGGACAUGGAUGAUGUUGUGGACCAUACCAUCCAAUCCGUGUUUUGCUGCUGCUGCUGUUCUGUUCAAAAGCGUGCAGUCACAACUCAGAUGAGCUUGGAAGACAAUGAUCUCAUGGAUGAAUAUCCCCUGAGUGAGCGCCAGUCAUCGUAUCCUUCAAAUGUUUACCGAGUGAACAGGCCAGUGGGGGUCCCAUCAAGAAGGAAGCCACCGCCACCUCCCCCUGAUGAUGAUGAGGAUGGUGGGGAGAUCAGUGUGAUUGCUCUCUAUGACUUCUGUGCCCAGGAGCCUACUGAUCUGAGUGUCAGGAGGUACGAAGAAUACAUUAUACUUCAGAAACGUGACCCUCAUUGGUGGAAAGCGAGAGACAAGAAUGGAAACGAAGGAUUCAUUCCAAGCAACUAUGUGACUGAGAAGAAAGCUAAUAAUAUAGAAGCAUUUGAGUGGUAUUGUAAAAAUAUCACAAGAAACAAAGCAGAGCAGCUUCUUCGGCAAGAGGGUAAAGAAGGGGCCUUUAUUGUCAGAGACUCCAGCCAGCCUGGAAUUUACACUGUGUCUGUUUUUACCAGAGCUGGAGGAGAUCAAAAUGGAUCAGUCAGACAUUACCACAUUAAGCAGACACAGACAUCACAUAGACAGUACUAUGUGGCAGAGAAACACCUGUUUGAUACAAUUCCUGAGCUUAUUGAAUAUCAUGAACACAAUGCAGCAGGCCUCAUCACAAGAUUCCGAUAUCCUGUUGGAUUAAUGGGAAGGUGCACUCCUGCUACAGCUGGCUUCAGCUAUGAAAAAUGGGAGAUCAACACAUCAGAUCUGACUUUUAUGAAAGAGCUGGGCAGUGGACAAUUUGGGAUGGUACGUCUAGGAAAAUGGAGAGCUACACAUAAAGUAGCAAUCAAAACCAUUUUUGAAGGUGCCAUGUCAGAAGAGGAUUUCAUUGAGGAAGCUAAGGUCAUGAUGAGAUUAUCUCACCCAAAUCUGGUUCAACUUUAUGGGGUCUGCACACAACAGAAGCCAAUUUGUAUAGUUACUGAGUUCAUGGAAAAUGGCUGCCUGCUCAAUUAUAUGCGACAGAGACAAGGCCGAAUGAACAAAGAUACCUUACUAGGUAUUUGUGAGGAUGUGUGUGAAGGGAUGGCAUAUCUUGAGAUGAACCGUUUCAUUCACCGAGACCUGGCUGCCAGAAACUGCUUGGUCAGUGCCAAGAAUGUGGUCAAGGUAUCUGAUUUUGGAAUGGCCAGGUAUGUCCUUGAUGAUGAAUACACCAGCUCCACGGGCUGCAAGUUUCCUGUGAAAUGGUCACCACCUGAAGUCUUCCACUUUUCUAAAUUCAGCAGUAAAUCAGACGUCUGGUCAUUUGGUGUUUUUAUGUGGGAAGUUUAUACUGAAGGUAGAAUACCCUUUGAGAAUAAGUCAAACACUGAGGUCGUUAAUGAGAUUUCACGAGGAGAACGGCUUUACCGGCCAUCCCUAGCAUCAACUGUCGUGUAUCAGAUUAUGUACAGCUGCUGGCAUGAGAAACCAGAUGGGCGACCAAGCUUUCUUGAAUUAUUGGACUUAAUCAAAGAAGUUGCAUUGAAUGAUCAUAAGUAAAUAGCCUUCACACAUGCUCAAAAUGCUGGAUUUGAAUGAUAAAAUACUGAAAAUCCUCAGCAAAUUGUCCAAGCAAGUGCUGCAUCUGUUGAUGUUCUAUCAGCACCAUUCUGCAACAAAAAUCAAGUGCUUUGAAUCUCGGAAGAUUAUUUUUGAUUUUCCUGUCAGAUCAACUAGCAUUCAAGUGCAAUAUUAAAAAAAAGUUUCAGAGUAAGUUACAAGAGAAUCCCAAGUUGAAAUGUAUUAAGUGUGUUAUUUUUGUUUAAAAUACUAUAUUUUUUUAGAAACAUACAGUAUGCCUAAGGGAUGCAUCAAGCAUAUGGUACAAAUGCUCUUUGUAAGUUAUAUUUAUAUUCACAUUUGCAUGGUUAUAUUAUGUUGUGCUGUGAUGGUUACUUAACUAAGUUUUGGAAUGUACACCAGAGUGACUUUUUAAAACUAUCUCAUUGACUAUUGGGGUCACAUAGUUGCCAAACAGUUUAUGUAGAUAAAGCUGGACUUUACUGAAUUUAAUAAAAAUAUUUUUAGAUGUAAUUACUGUGAUAACUUAAAAUCAUGAAGAAACAGAUAUUAGGAAGGACGGUAUGAAAAUUAGUAGUGCAGGAUGCCUCAUUUGGAAAAGUUUGAGUUUGCUCUGUUCCUUCCAGCUAACACCAGUAAAGUGGCAUAAUCAUUAAUAUUAAUGAGGAACAACAGAAAUAUGUUCACCAUAUCCAAUCAAAGAAAAGCUUUAAAACAUACAUUAGUUAAAAGAGAAACUUUCAGAUAAAACAAAAAAAGAAACCCAUGGUUAUAUUAAGAUAAAUUAAUUAGAGUUGGUGCACAAUGAUUUUGAUAUCCUUUUGGAAAUUAAUGAGCAUUUUAGGACUGAAAUGAACUUGUUUCACUGAUGGGGUCAUAACUGUAGUGUAAGUUUAUGGAGCAGCAAACCAUCUGCUGAAGGAACGCAAUGGGUCGAGCUGCAUCUGCGAGGGAAAAGGAAUUGUUGACAUUUCGGAUUCUGAUGCGACUCACCAUCAAUAACUCUCCAAGGCGUGAGGCGAGAUAUUGGCUUUUAUUAGCUGGAAGAAAGAACAAGCAGUAACUGACCACCACACAACAUCCUGGAGACUGAGGGCAGGGCUCAGGCCUCAAUCGCCUUUAUCCGG